AAUCAUGAUCGCGCGUGCGAGCGAGUGAGCGAGCGACCGACCGUCGGAUCGAGCGGCCAGCAUUAUAUUUUUUUUUCUCUUCGUCCAUAUUCAUUUCGUUCAUAGUGUGGUCGAUACGCGCGGAGUAGUAGUAGCAUCAAAUCAAAUCAGCAGCAUUAGUCCAGUGCAAAUUAAUCUUAAAUAUGUAGCAGUGUUACUGUUGUGUGCUGUUUUUCUCCAUUUCUCGUCUUCUCUCAUAACAACAGCAAAGAAAGAAAGAAAAAUUGUUCAGUUUGCGCGUAAGAACUAGCACACGAAACAAACAACAACAAUAGCACUCCCGAGUGGUAUCGCCACACAUAUCAUCCGAACUGAACAAAACGAUACACGAAUAAGAACAACAACAUCAUCGCGCGAGAGAAGCGAAAAUAAAAAACAACAAAUACCGAGUAAAUUCAUUUUGAAUCUUUGUUCCACAAAUUGAAAGAGUUGAAGGAAUAAAAAGAUCGGUUUUUAUUAUGCUGUUAAACAAAGUUGCAAAGAGUCUGUCUUUUUUUUCGUAAAAGUUUUGUGUAAAAAACGGUGUGUUUAUUAAGCGCUAAAGUAAGGUGAUUUUUUUUUCGCUGUUCGGAUAUCGUUGUUAUGGUUGUUGCUAUCUGUCGCUGCAAAUUGACAACACAAUGGAAGCAUAGAAAUUGAUCGAAUCCUAGACGUAUUUUGGCUGGUCGGUUGUUUGUUUGUUUUUUUUUUUCGUUCAUCUGCUGUCGAGAAGUGCCUUUAUUUGGAACAGCAUUUUGAAAUUGAGAAACUGUACAGUAUGUGCAAUCCCAUGCUGUUGUUGUGCAUCAAGUGUUCAACACGAUGCCGUCACACCAAACCAAACACAACAUACUAUUGGAUGGAAAUUAUAUGUCGGCGUAACAUCGAGUUGAAAAAAUGAUUUGUAAUAUCCAGAUUGUGAACACAAUUGAGCGCAUUUUUAGCCAUAAUAUCAGUUGAUUUCAAAGUGUUUUCCUGUUGAACAAUACAUCCCUCGACAACAAGUAAGAAGUGACAACAACAACUAACCGCAAGUGCGAACAGAUCGGAAAACAAGUUCACCCCAUCGUUGACGCAUGGAUAAAGCUACUAUGGAUUUUCUCAAUGAUUCCGUGCUUGCUCUAUUCGGUCGCGCUGAUUUUGUGGGUGGAAUAGAUAAUGAGGCUCUUGAUUUUGGACAAUUGGAAUCAUUCGUACAUUUGCCAGCAAUCAAUACGUCUAGCAACAAUGGAAACACGUCAGCGAUUACAUUGUCUCUAACCACAGUCACAACAGCACCAGCUCAUACGAUAAGCACAUCAUCAGCUAGUGUUGCUCCCACAAAUGCACCGACACAUGGAACUUUACCUGAUUCACCACCAGAUUCAGGCAGUGAACCGCCGUACAGUCCAACCGAUUUGCAUGCGAUAAAUAAUUUGAAUCAAAUUACAUAUCAUCAACAUCACUAUCCAAAUAAUUCACACCCCGCGAAUCCACAUCAGCUUGAUCAGACCAUGCAUGUGAACGAUCCAAACAAUGUUGAUUGCCACAAUGGCAGCAUCAAUGGCAAUGCCAACAAUCCCACAUCGUCAAUUCACAAAACUGAAGAUAUUCUUCUCUCAUCCACCGCGAUGACUCUACCCAACUCAGUCACAAAUCACAUGAUGUUGCAGAAUAACGAUAUGAUGAUGCAACAAAACACACAAUCUUUACUUGGUCUCGGAGCUCAUCACUCAAUCAACAUGGGACGGAAUAAUGUAUAUCGUAACGAUGGCAACAAUUUGCUGGCAUUGAAUGCCGAUGAUGAUUUCAGUUGUUUAAUGAACGACACAAUGUUUCAAAUGCCGUCAAAUGGACUGAAUUGUCACCAGAGUCAGAAUAAUCACCAACAACUACAAACAGCUACAUCGCACCCAAAUGUUAAUUCAUACAAUCCUCAUGUUUUAUCUCAAAUGACAACGGCAGUGAUGCCGACAUCUCAUUCAGCCGAAAUGCCACAUUUGUUAAACCCACGUAAACGAACAAUGAGCACAAUGGCACAACAGAAUGACUACAAUUCACAAAGUAUUUUAGAAAACAGCAAUGAGCAACAGUCAAUAGGUAGUGUUAUACCGAUCAAGCGAUCAACAUCUGUAAUAUUGCCGGCUAUAAAGCCAGAGCCAGAUGCGCUCAGUCCGUCGUGCGUGUCCUCGUUAAUUGAACCAGCGACGCCACCUUCCAAAUCGUCAUCCGUAGAUGCGUGCAGUAAUGUUAGUAGUUGUAGUACAAGCAUAACAUCACCCGUUUCCACAACAAUCAUGAUGCCAGGCAUCGUGGAAUCGAACUCAUCACCAAAUUUGCAGCAACAAUCACAAGGCCAAGGGCAGCAAGGAGCUAAUGGCAUUGAAAAUGGUUCCAAUGACUCGUUUCCAAUGCAAUGCAUUCGCUUCUCACCGUUUCAACAACAAAAUUGGCACAUUCUCUGCGAUCAAAGCUUACAAGAAUUGCCCCUGCCACACUACAGAGUCGAUGCAGACAAAGGGUUCAAUUUUUCUAAUUCAGACGAUGCAUUCGUAUGCCAAAAAAAGAAUCACUUUCAAAUCACAUGUCAUGCUCAGGCACAAGGUGCGCCCGCUAUAUUUGUGCGAACGGAAAGUGGUCUCGAGAAAAUCAAAUCGUUUCAUUUACAUUUCUAUGGUGUUAAGCUAGAAACACCCACGCAAACCAUUCGCAUUGAACAAAGCCAAUCGGAUCGUUCAAAGAAACCAUUUCAUCCGGUGCCUAUUGAUCUGCAAAAUCGUCAAGUCAGUAAAAUAACCGUGGGCCGUCUGCACUUUUCCGAAACAACAAGCAAUAAUAUGCGUAAAAAAGGCCGUCCAAAUCCAGAACAACGAUACUUUCAGCUGGUUGUCGGUUUGCAUGCUCACACACAUUCCGGAAAUUUUCCGGUGGUGAGCCAGGGCAGCGAAAGAAUUAUCGUCCGUGCGUCAAAUCCCGGUCAAUUUGAGAGUGAUGUGGAGUUGUGUUGGCAACGUGGUGUAACUCAGGAUUCAAUAUUUACACAUGCAAAUCGUGUGGGCAUCAAUACAGAUCGACCCGACGAGAGUCUUGUCGUUCAUGGCAAUCUGAAGGUGUCGGGACACAUCGUUCAUCCAUCCGAUAGUCGGGCGAAACAAGAAAUUGGCGAACUGGACACAUCGCAGCAACUGCAAAAUGUGAAACGCAUCCGUGUGGUGCGGUAUCGAUAUGAUCCCGAAUUUGCCGUUCAUCAUGGUUUAAUUAGCAACACACCAGCCAUUAAAUCUUCGACCAAAUUCAAUAGAACAAACGAACGUGAAAAUUCAAGUGCGCCAGAAAAUGAUGUUAUCGAAGUGAUUGACACCGGUGUUAUUGCGCAAGAAAUUCGAGAAGUUUUACCUGACGCCGUUCAAGAAACGGGAAAUAUUUUACUACCCAGCGGAGAAGUUAUCAACAAUUUUCUGGUGGUGAAUAAAGAUCGCAUCUACAUGGAAAAUAUUGGAGCGGUUAAAGAGUUGUGCAAAGUGACCGGAUCAUUAGAAAACCGGAUAGAACAGCUUGAACGAAUGAAUUCACGUCUCGUUCAAGUUCGCAAAAUUGACCAAUCCGAUUGCUCUCAUUCAAAGUGUAAAUUCGGCCAGUAUGAUGAAGAUCCAAUAGAACCAUGUUCAAACAAAAUGAUACAAAUUACUAUUGUUGUAUUAGUGAUAAUAAUGGCCAUUUGUUUAGCAGCAAUAUCCACAUUGUAUUUUGUGGAGCAUAAUAAACAAAAUGAUUGGCAUCCGCACCAAUUCUACUUGGACAAACAUGCGCUCGUAAAUAGUAGCUACGGCGGAAAUGGCAUAGUUGGUGAUGGACCGGAAGGAGGCGGAUUUAGCGCGAGUAACAAUGUAUUAUUUGAUAAUUGGAAUGAUAAUCAUAUCAUCUCAAAAAAGGGUUCGAAACAAACACACCAUAAUACUCAAAAUGGAAACAAUUCUCAGCAAUCAUCCAUAUCGAUAAUUGAAUCGGGUUCGCCAAAUACUGGCUCUCAUUCCACGGGUGGGAUCAAAUCAAAUAAUGGCAAAUUAGACGGAGAAAGUCAAUCGAAAUCAACAACACCAUUACAAAUAACACCCGGAGAAGUUGAUUUCGAGAAAAUUCUACCAAACUCCAAUCGAACCAACGAGAUCAUCGGAAAACAAGCAAAACUGGCGCUUACGAAGUAUGAUAAUGAAGUAACGACCGAAAAGGUGCAGCUGAAGGGAAAAAUUGGUGAAAGCUAUCCUGGACCGCCAGAAGUAAGCAAUUCGAUCGUUGAGGGUCCCACUGACGAUGGGAUAGAGGCAAACAUUAUUGAGGACGGACCAAAUCCACCACGGAAUAACAGCAAAUCAGAUAGUAAAAAUGUAGCAAAGACCCAAAGCAAUGACAUUGAAAAUCGCAAUGCACCCAAUUCAAAUGACCAAUUGACCGAAUCAGAUUACCAUCAUCGUGAACGCAAGUUUCCAUUUCCAAUCGGUCUACCAUCGCAUUGUGAGCAAAUUCCAAAUCGAACCGCUUCAGAUUCACCACCACCGUUGCUGUGUCCUUCAUAUUGUGCGAUGAGCAGUGGCAAUGAGCCGGCAAAGGUGAAUCAAGUGUCUGAAAUGCCCGAAGCACCAGAGAAUAUACCCGAACAUGAUGACAUAAUUGAAACCAGCACGGCAUUUAAGUCACAAAAGACCAUCACCACCACCAUUACCACCACAAAAUUACUAGCAAUCGAGCGAAAGAGUGAAUCUAUUGAACUAUCGACAACUUUGAGUGAUAAUUUAAAUCACACAUCGGUUGAACACACAACGGCCAAAGAUAAAAUUGAUAACAGUUCACAUGAUCCAUCGCCAAUCGAUGAUAAAAACAAUGUCAAUAAAAUGGCAAUUCAGGCAGAAGAACCAGUUGAAGUGCGAGAUUCUGUAAGUAAUACACAAAACACACUAGCACCAGUUGUGCAAUCAAAUUAUUCGGAAAAAGUGGAGCCAAUUCCAAACGAUCGCACCGAUGAUAUGCAUAAACCAAACGAAUCGCUUGAUACCAACACCGAAAUCAAGCAGCAAGAAAUUGAAUCAUUUGCUGACGCCCAUUCGGGUUCGAUCAAAGAAAAUGACAUAAAGCCUACAUUCAUGAAAAAUGAGAAUAAAUCUGAAAAAUCGUCCGAAGACGGCGUUGAAGCAGUACCAAAGCCAUCCAAUGGAAUUCUCGAACCAUUGGCGAAUGGUGCCACCUCAGCAACACAAACAACCGCUUCGACACCUUCAUCCUACGGUAUUCCACUUAAUGCAGCAAAUCCAGCAUGCCUCAUAAUUUACUUGCAAAUUCGAAGUGAAUCUUUCAAUAUGACAAUUGGUUACGAUCGAAUUUGCCGCAUCAAUUUGCCGAAUUUCAACAUCACCUACAAUAUUCCACUCUCGAAAUACAUGAAGGAACAUCGAUUUGAGCUCGUUUUCGUAACACAAAAUCCACUGGAAUGGACACUGUGCUCGGUGAAAGAAGACACCGGCAAAGGGAGUCACAUUCAUUUAGAUAGUCAUAAUAUCACCGAUGAAACUAUGUUUUAUCAAAAAAGAACUGCAUCCCAUGCCAGCUUUGAGGUCAAUAUCCCGUCAUUUGGCGAUUUCGAGCGACAAAUUGAGUUUCAAGCCAAUCUCCAACCGUCAGAUUUGAUCCCAUGUCGAUCACCGGUGCUACUCAAUGGAAAUCCCAUGCAAACCGUUUUAUAUAAAAUUAACAUUUAUCGUGACUGCACACAGCAAUAAACGAAUGUGCUAUUCCAAGAUAUCUUUAGCUGUUUUUAGCUGUUUUUUUUUUUUUAAAUUGACUUUAGGCCACAAGAAAUGAAGCUGUAAUAAUUUGAUUUUCGCGUAAAGCUAGAAAAAUGUAAAUAUCAAAAGACAAAUUGUAUGUGUGGGUGAAAAUUGUGCGUGAAAUCUGUGUGCAUGAUGACAAAGUGGUUGCUAUUAUAAAUGAAAACCAAUCGCAGUAUGUAGUUUAUUAAUAAAAUGAAAAAAAGAAUGUUUAGCAAAUAACAUCAACGCGGCCCAGAUUUGUUUUGAAUACGAAGCAAAAGCAAAAACAAUGAUGGAGCUCAAGAAAUUACGAAGGAAAUGCUUCAUAUAUCCAUUGAACAAUACAUUUGACAAAAGACAAAACAGUACAGACUUUUAGUUGUAGACAUUUUGCCUUUCUGUUGGUAUUAUUACGUAUUGUAAUUUGUAUUUGUAUUAUACUAAGUCAUUUUUUAUUCAUUUUUUUCUCUGUCUCUAUCUCUCUAUCUCGCCUUGUUUUAAGCGUUUCACUUAUUACAAUACAUUUAUUUAGAAUAUGUGGUGAAAAUCUGCAGAUUAGGAUCAGACCAGUGUUUUAUACAUUGCUCCCCUCUCCCUCGUCAAAUUCCAAUCAACUUAUCACUAAAUAAAAUUUUGAAUUAGAAAAAAAAAA